AUGGCUAGCUUCAACAACUUUGUAUUACAACUUCUGUUAACAAUCACUCUUAUUCUUAUAUUAGUCGCUGAAGCAGCUCGACGAGCAAUACUAUCACAAGAAGAGAAAAAAGAACUUGAGAGGCAACUCAAAGCUAUCAACAAACCAGCAAUCAAGAGUUUCAAGACUGAACAUGAUGAAAUAUUUGAUUGUAUCGACAUUCACAAGCAACUAGCCUUUGAUCAUCAUCUGCUCAAAAACCACACUGUUCAGAUGAAGCCCACAAGUGUACCUAAAUGGAACACAAGCAACAAUAAUUCGCAAAAAGUUGAUCCCCUGCAGCUUCUGCCAAGGGGCAUAAGCUGUCCAGAUGGAACCGUAAUUGUUAAAAGGACUACAAUGCAAGAUCUGUUAAAAGUUGAUCUGUAUGACCAUGUCAUGUCAAUUGGAUUCAAUAGACAUAGACAUGGUCAUACAGAGGGAAAUGCCAUUGAUUUAACUGGACAUCAUUUUGCAACAGUUGAUUACGAAUAUAGUACUGUUUCUGGAGUAAAAGGAAACAUUAACCUAUGGGAUCUACAAGUGUCACAAGAUCAAGUUAGUCUUGCAACCAUGGCUAUUGCUGGAGGUCCUAUUGAAAACCUCGCCAGCAUUUCAGUUGGGUGGAUGGUCAAUCCAUUGCUGUACCAAGAUCACAUUCACUUGUAUACCUACUGGACUGCCGAUGGAUAUAAGAAAACCGGCUGCUACGACAUAAGAUGUCCAGGAUUUGUGCAAGUCAGUAAGAGGAUACCACUUGGUGUCCUUAAACCAGUUUCAAUUUAUGAUGGUACACAGUACCAGAUGGAAUUAAGCUUGCAUCAGGUAAAAAAGACUCCAUAGUCUGGUGUGAACGUUGGGUAUUGGCCAAAGUCAUUAUUCAUAGCUUCAGGCUUAGCUAAAGGAACAGAUAAGACAUCGCGGGGAGGUCAAGUGUACAGUCCACUGACAAAGAAAAGUCCAUUUGUGGGCAGUGGGCAUUUCCCAAAUGAAGGUAUGGGAAAAGCAGCAUUUAUAAACGGUAUUGAAAUCAUUGAUGGAAAGGGAGAAACUUUGAUUCCACAGAUCUAUACUAUAAAGACACAUGAGAGCAGUCCAAAUUGUUAUAAGGCCAAGUUUAUUCAUGAUGAUGAUGAUCCUUGGAUAAGAGCUGUUUUCUAUGGUGGUCCUGGAGGUUGCACAGGGCAAUUAUCAUCCGAAGAGUCAGAAGGUCUUAAGAAUUUAGAUAAGCUAUGA